AUGAAACCCAGUGCGCUCUCCGCACUGGUGCUGUGCCUGUUCGCCGCCUUUGCAGCUGCCUGGACGAAAGAGGACCACGAAAUCUUCCGUCUGCGCGAUGAAGUUGCCCUCCACAAUGGCGACAAUGUGACCUUCUACGACCUGCUCGGCGUAAAGCCUUCGGCCUCGCAAGACCAGCUCACGAAAGCUUACCGCAAGAAGUCGCGCGAGGCCCACCCUGACAAAGCCAGGAAGAAUUUCGAGGCCAAGCGUGUUCUUGACAACAAGAAGAAGGGCAAGAAGGUCACAAAGCCAGCCACCAAGAAGGAGGUCGAUGCGUAUAUGAAGGAGGCCACUGCUUCUUACCAAAGGCUCUCCGUCGUUGCAAAUGUGCUCAAGGGGGAAAGCCGUGAGCGGUAUGACCAUUUCCUUAGGAACGGCUUCCCCAAGUGGAGGGGCACCGGUUACUACUACAGCCGCUACCGCCCUGGACUAGGCGCUGUGAUCUUUGGCUUGCUCGUCGUCUUGGGCGGCGGCAUGCACUACUUUGCCCUUCUCAUGGGCUGGAAGCGUCGCCGGGAGUUCGUCGAGAGGUACAUUAGGCAUGCGCGCAGGACCGCUUGGGGUGACGACACCGGCAUUCAGGGCAUUCCAGGUGUCGAUGCGCGCGCCACUCCGCCGCCGGUCAACACUCAGCAAUGGGCCGGCGACGAUUCGGAUGAUGCUCCUCAGGAAAUGGCCCCUAUGAACCGUAAGCAAAAGCGCGCUAUGGAAAAGGAGAACCGCAAAGACAAGAAGUCUACUGUCGCGAAGAAGGCACGCAAUUCCGGCAUCAGCACGCCCGUUGAGGCACAGUUGACCUCUGGCCCUCAGGGCGCUAAGAAGCGCAUCGUUGCGGAGAAUGGCAAGGUUCUUGUUGUAGACUCUGCUGGCAAUGUCUUCCUCGAGGAGGAGAGCGACGAGGGCCUGAAGCAAGAGUUCCUCCUCGACCCCGACGAGGAACCGAAGCCUACGAUCUACGACACUUUGCUGUUCAAGCUUCCCAAGUUUGCCUACAACCAGACGGUCGGCCGUCUUACUGGAAACACCCAGGCUGUUGAAGAACCUCUUUUGGAGUCGUCCGAUUUGCCUGAGGAGGAAGCCGCUCUUGCAAAUGCUACCGCGAACAACCUCAAUGGCGAGACAAGGAAGCGCAGGGCAAAGGCUAGAGCUAUGAGGUAG